AGCAGAGCCUCAGCUGACAGAGGCUGAUUCAGAGCAGAAGGAUCUUCCAUCUUGUCACGUUUGAGCUCACAGACAGGGAAGGAAACAAAACUCAGAAAAGAGACAAACUGCUGGAGGAAAAUAAUUCAUCUGACAGCAAAGAUGCAGUGGAGUCUGAUUCUGCUCUUCCUGAUGGCUCAGUGUUGCUUCAUUGACUGUCAGCUCUAUCAGUUUCACUACAUUAAUGAGAAUAAAACCUGGACUGAAGCUCAGCAGUACUGCAGAGAGAAUCACACUGACCUGGCCACAGUGACUAACAUGAAGGACAUGAAGAGACUCAUCAACAUCUCAGCUGGAUAUCAGAGGGAAGCUUGGAUUGGUCUGAACAGUAAACCAGAAUUUAACAGAACAUGGUUCUGGUCUCUGUCUGGAGCGGAGUUUAAUGAAAGUGAGACAAACUGGAAAGAAGGAGAACCAACUGAUAGAGGAAUUAAAGGUUCUGAGAACUGUGGGAUUGUGUAUCAAGAUCUCAGAUGGGGAGAUCAGGGUUGCCAUUGGAAUGAAUCUUUCCUCUGCUAUGAUGAAACUAAUAAAACCCAUAAAUAUCACCUGAUUAAAGAGGAGAAGACCUGGCUGAAAGCUCAGAGUUACUGCAGAGAGAAACACACAGACCUGAUCAGUGGAACGAAGCAACUACAGGAUGGAGAAGUGAAGAAAUUGAUGGACUUUACAAACAGUAAAGCGUACUUUGGUUUAUUCAGAGACAAUUGCAGGUGGUCAGAUGGAAACAGUUUCUCUUUCAGACACUGGAAUAAUGACUUUAACAAUCCAGAAUCCAACAGUGGUCAAUGUGUCAUGACUGUGUUUAAUGAUGGAGGCAGAUGGAAGAAUGUGAGCUGUGAUGAAAGAAAACCCUUCUUCUGUUAUGAUGAUAAAGUGAUCCUGAUCAAAGAAAAUAAAACCUGGGAGGAGGCCUUGACCUACUGCAGAGGUCAUCACCAUGACCUGGUCACCAUCACCAACAUGGAGGAUCAGAUAUGGAUCCAGGAGAAAGUCAAGAACGCAUCGACUCCUUUUGUCUGGAUUGGACUGCACUACAUCUGGUCUCUACGUUUCUGGGUCUGGGUCAGUGACGAGGAGGUCAGUUAUGAGAACUGGGCCUCACCUGGACAGACGGACGACUGUGACGUGUUUGGAACCAUGGAAACGGGAGGAGAACAUAAGUGGCUGGAAAAAAAAGGCAGCCAGACGUUUAAUUUCAUCUGUUCUAAAUAUUGAGACCUAAGCCUUUGGCUUUUGAUUGUUUUGUGCCCAGAGUUGCAUUUAAAAUCUCAAAAAUAUAUUUUGGAUUAUGUGAAGUAAAUAUUAUUGGGUUAUUUGUUUGAAGGAUUAAAUCUAUCAUUAAGUUCUUCUUAUUUUUCAAAGUGCUGUUUGGCUGCAAGUUACUUAUACAUUUUUACAAACAUAUUUAGGAUUAUAUAAAAAAUACAACUGAUUUAUUAUUAGAAAACUAAUAUUUCUACUAAGCUUCAGCAACUAUAAUCAUUCUCUAUGGUGAUUUUACUGUUCUUGUAUCUUUUAAUUCAACAUCUAUACUAACAGAACAUAGUUUGCAUUUUAUUCACUUUGAUCAGCCAGUUAUUAUAUUGCAUCCAGCUCUCUAUAAGUAAUCAGUAAGUGUGUGGUGGGUUAACUAGAACUUGUUUAUUCCUUAAAUAAAUCCUGACAGGUUGUGUAAUCUUGUUUUAGCUGUUAAGUAAGAAAAAUGCUGUUCAGUUUAUUAUCACUGUUUUAAAUGGAUUUACAGUCAUAUUAAUACUUUGCUAUAAUGUUGUUAAAAAACAAUAAAAGCUGUUG